CGUAGGAGCAUUAUUGCUUAUACCAAUUUUAUAGCUUAUGCGCUUGUUCAACAAAGACUAAUUCGUGCAGAAGCUUUUUUCGCUGCGUCGGCUUAUAACAAAUAGUGCCCAAGCUGUCUCGUUUACGCUCACGUUUCCUGCUCAUAUUUACGGUAAUCAGUUGAUUGCUGCCAUUCUUGCUUCCCCAGCGUAUUAUCCACGCCCCUAGCCCGAUCUACAGGCUUUCAAAAUGGCCUCGAAAAAGAGAAAUGGGUUCAUGGCGUUCGUCUCAGACUGGCGUGCAAACAACCCCGAGGGUCGUGCCCUAAACAUUUCUGAGGCGGUGUCUAAGUGUGGGCCUUUUUGGAGUACUAUGAGCGAGCAGGAGCGUGGCCCUUACAACUCAAUGGUUAAAAAUUCCAACGUUCUGGAUAGAGCAGCAAAGAAAGAACGACUCACAUGUUUGGGCGAUCCCGUCUCAAAAAUAAAAAUGGAGAAAAACGAGGCCAUAAAUGCGGAGCUUCAAAUGAAGCGCAAGAUCGAUCGCAUUAUUUUGAACGCAAAGAAUUCUUUGGAGUUGGAGAAUGAGGAAUUUGUGUUUGCCAGCUUCAAUUAUUUUACCAAGGCCCUGAAUGCGGAUAUUCACGUACCCGGCGAGUUUUCCGCAUGCCGCUACUCUCUGAAGGGGGGCGUAAGCUCCACUUACAGCACCAUGAUUAAUCCGGGUCAAAUUACCUUUGGCCAGAGCAGCGAUGCCCAACAUCAUUCGCUAACCACCCACAAGCUGCCCUUGCCGCCGAAGGCCAUGGGCGAGACUAACAUGAGAAAACUGUACAUGGAUAUAUUGAGUUGGUUAUCCGUGGGCAAUGAUCAGAAAGACGAAAAAAAAGACCAGGAUCCGGUCAUUGUCUACACGACCGCAGAGCUAAUGCCGGUGGUAAAGUCUUGCUUCCGUUAUUUGGCAUACGAUGUCCCCACCGACAAAGAUUCUCGAAAGAUUGUGGUAUAUGACAUCUAUUACUUGUUUUACACCUUGAAGAAGAAUGUGUUGGACAUGGCUGGAGUUUCGAACGAAAAAAUCAACUUCCAUGUAACCAAAAACUUCUUUGCCAAAGACUUUUUUGAAUUUACCGCUGAUAUUGCGUGCGACUACCAUGAGAACAUCGAUCGCUCCAAAUACUGCACCAAGAGCAUGGUCAUGCGUUGGGGAUUCAUCUUUAGCGACUACAUUUGCGCAGACCUGGCCAUUCGGCUCCUGCCUGGCAAGCACAUGCCUCCCAAGGUCAAGCCCAACUACACCGUCAUUCCUGGGGACUCCUCGUCAAACUUUGAUAAGACUUCGGUUGAUUCAUACUAUUCGGCUCCAUCCCAAAUAAAAACGGAAAUGGGAUCACGUGAUUUAUCACCAACCAGCAACCGUAUGGUAUCACGUAAUUCGGUAUCAAGUUCCUAUGUGCGCCGAGACUAUACCACCUUCGACGGCGGGAUAAGCAACGAAGGCGAAUUUCCCAGUCUAGGUGACCGCCGUCCCAAGACUCCUGCCAAAAAUCAUUUCAUUAUGGGGAAUGGUAAAAAAAAUCCAUUCUAAUUGCUAUUUACGCCCAUUACAUUACUUUGCUAUCAUCAUAAUCAGUUGUAUUGUUGAACUCGCUCGCCCGCAUCAAGGCAUUUUUGUAUUAUUACACGUCCCUUCUGCGAAGGAAAUAACAUUCA